CGCUGCCUAGAACCGCCGCUUUGCAUUCAAGUAAGGAGACACUGACUAUGUGCGGUUUCAUGCGAGGCGGAAGAUGGUGUCAUUAUCCGCACAAAUAUAUAGCCCGUAGGCCCAGAAAAAAAGAAAACAAGGAUGAGCUAGCGAACGAUUGAUUGAUCUAGCUAGGGCUUCUAUUUCGAAUCCUUUGCACCCUUUACUAGAUUCACCCUCAUCCAUCUCUUUCCCGCCAUCAUCCCUACCUUCUUUUACCAUCACAUUACUCUCAUUCAAAAUGACUGAGCCGCAAAAUCCAAACUUUUUACAAGAGCACAAUCGGCCAAAUACGCCAGGUACGCCGGGUACUUUCGAUACAAGGUACAGUGGAAACUUUCAAGAUAAUACCGCCUUUGCUUCGCAGUAUGACCCCCACAACCGCGCUUUGUCCCCUUCACCUUUACAAGAUUCCAACAAAAACACAUACUAUUUCGAGAAGAAUGGUGGAGCGGCAGCAACAGAAGCUGGCGCUGCCGGAGGAGCUGGUGCAGCAGCUGGUAACGGUGCAUCAAGAGGUGGAAUCGUGGGAUGGAUUAAGCGCCACCCUUUCAUCACAGGAUUAGUCGCUUUGGUGAUCGUUGGUGCUGUAGUCGGAGGUGCAGUUGGAGGAGCUGUUGGAUCGCACAAGACCAAUGAUAUCGCCAACGGAUCCCACGAUAAUGCAAGCGGAAGUAGUUCAAAGGGCGGGAGCAGCAAUUCCGGCUCAAAUUCAGGCACUAACGGUUCUGGUUCUGGUUCUACCUCCUCCAAACCCAUUACGCCUCUACCAAAAUGGAACCUGACCGACCCAGAAUCCAAGAUGGUCGGUGUUUCAAUCGGUAAUUGGCUUGUGUUGGAACGUUGGCUUAGUGAGGAUUGGUUCGUUAGUGAAGUUGGCAACGGUCCAAUUUGGGAUGAGUGGGGAUUCACCCAGACUUUGGGUAAUGACAAAGCACUUUCAGCACUUCAACAACAUUGGAAUACGUGGAUCAACGAGAGUGACUUUGACACGAUGAAGUCAGUGGGUAUCAACACCGUCCGUAUUCCAGUCGGCUAUUGGGCAUUUGUUGACACUGCUCAAGGUGAACCAUACCUGUCCAAGGCAGGUCAGACUGAUCAAUUGCAGAAGGUGCUUGGAUGGUUGUACGAUCGUGGGAUGUAUGCAUUCAUUGACUUGCAUGGUAUGCCAGGAUCACAGAAUGGUGAUCAAUCUUCAGGUCAUAAUGGAACGAUCAAUUGGUUCAACAGUGAAUACUUUGGUUACAGCUACAACGUCUUGAAUGCCACCAUUGACUGGGUCAAAGCAAGCAAUUACUCGAGUGUGGUGCAUUCCAUCUGCCCUGUCAAUGAGCCAAGGCCAGGAACGGAUUCGGGUAAACUUUCUCAGUUGACGUCAUACUACGAAACAAGUUACAAUCUUUUGAAGAACGCCGGCUUUAUCAUGCAAUUCCAUCACGGCUUCCUCAACAACCCAUUCCAAGCAUGGGCUGACUUUGCUACCGGCAAGGAUCCCAACUACAUUGCAUUCAACAAUAACCCAUACCCAGGUUGGUUCCCGUCGAAUCCUAAUGCGAACAAUAUCAUCUCACAAGUGUGCACUAUUGCACAAGAAUCGUCUCAAUUCCCGGUUCCCGUUGUGCAAACGGAAUUCUCUCUUGCAAAUGGUGUUGGAACUUCUUCAUUCAACACAGAGUUCUACAACACCGAAGUUUCUGGUUACUCAUGGUCAGCUGGAAGUAUCUUCUGGACAUGGAAGGCACUUCAUUCUUCAAAUCCCAUCCAAGCAGAGCCAAACAACAUUAUGGAUCUUUACUCGCUGGGCACAAUGAUACAAGAAGGAGUUGUGCAAAAAGUGAACCCAAGUGCCAAGCCGUUGGAUACGGUUAAGUCACUUCCCAACCAACAAUGUGGUACUAUUCCAACGGUUACGUGGAGCAACCCAUCGGGAAAUACGCAGACCAGCAAGAAGCGCUCAUUUGCUGGUAAGCGUAUGACUUCAUCCCAUUAAAAAGGACAUUUUCUCUGUAUCCAUUACAUCAUAUUUUUACUCACUUAGCACUUGUAUAUACAUAUUCGUUUUCUCUUCAUUCCGAUCAUUUGGAUUUUUUCUUGCGUUUG